AUGGCUCCUACCAUCCUCAUUGUCGGCGCCACGGGAAACACAGGCAAAAAAGUGGCCGAAACCCUUCCUUCGCUCAUCAAGAACACAAACUCUCUUGCCGACCAUCGCAUCCUCUGCCUUACUCGCUCGUCAUCCAGCGAAGCCGCCAAGAAGCUUGCAGAAUUUCCUGGUGUUGAGCUGGCCGAGCAGAACUGGGUCGAAAUCGAUGCGGCCUGGUUACAAGAACACAAUGUUGAGCGCAUCUUUAUCGCCUCACACAACGAACCCAACCAAUUCGCAGAAGAGAGUCAAUUUUAUGUCAAUUGUCUACUGGCCAACGUCAAGUACGUUGUUCGUAUCUCAACGACCGGCGUCAAUGUCAAGCCUGACUUCCUGGCCUAUUACCCCCGACAACAUUGGGCUAUUGAGCAAUUACUUGGCUCGCAGGAGUUCACAAAUCUCGCCUGGACAUCCCUCCAGCCGAAUGGCUUCCUUCCCAUGUUCUUGUGGUCAGCAGCCGACUUCAUCAAGAACUACCGAAAGACCGGCGAGCAAGGCUCUCUAGGCAUGAUGGUUGACUCAGAUACACCCACCGCUCUUAUCGACUCUGAUGACGUGGGCAGAGUGGCUGCUCACCUGCUCGCCCAGCAGGAUGUUACACCACACAACAACAAGAAAUACAUUCUCAAUGGUCCCGAAGAUAUCACCGGCAACGACAUCGUACAGCUGGUCGAGGAACAUAUUGGCACAAAGGUCGAGAAGGAUAAGGUCGCUUUCAAGGAUGUGUCUGGAAUCGAUUACAUGGCCUCGGAGAGCAACCAGUCAAAGAACAUCAUCUUGUCCAUCAAGAACGCACCUACGACUAUGUGGGCAGGCAAGUGCAAGGCGGAGACCACGAGCAAGGAGAUUUUGGACUUGUAUGCGCCCAAGCGCACGGCUGCUGAAGUCUUGAAGGAAUUGGUACAAGAGUAG